CUAUUGGAUAUGGGAGACGUCCGUCUGCCACUAUCCCCGCCCCAAUACGGAAGCGGCGGGGUACUCGGGAUCCGACUGCGGUUGGGUUCAGGACAUGGAGCAGCCUUGGGCUGCGGGGAGCGCGGACGCGGCGUCCGCGCGGCUGCCCCUGGUGCUCACCGCGCUGUGGGCCGCGGCCGUAAGCCUGGAACUGGCCUACGUUCUGGUGCUGGGUCCCGGGCCGCCCCCACUGGGACCCCUGGCCCGGGCCUUGCAGCUGGCGCUGGCCGCCUUCCAGCUGCUCAACCUGCUGGGCAACGUGGGGCUCUUCCUGCGCUCGGAUCCCAGCAUUCGGGGAGUGAUGCUGGCCGGCCGCGGUCUGGGCCAGGGCUGGGCUUACUGCUACCAGUGCCAAAGCCAGGUGCCACCGCGCAGCGGGCAUUGCUCCGCCUGCCGCAUCUGCGUCCUGCGUCGGGACCACCACUGCCGCCUGCUGGGCCGCUGCGUGGGCUUUCGCAACUACCGGCCCUUCCUGUGCCUGCUGCUUCACGCCGCGGGCGUCCUGCUCCACGUGUCUGUGCUGCUGGGCCCAGCGCUGUCAGCCCUGCUUCGAGCCCACACGCCCCUCCACACUGCGGCCCUCCUCCUGCUGCCCUGGCUCAUGCUGCUCACAGGCAGAGUGUCUCUGGCGCAGUUCGCCCUCGCCUUCGUGACCGACACAUGUGUGGCGGGUGCACUGCUGUGCGGGGCUGGGCUGCUUUUCCAUGGGAUGCUGCUUCUUCGGGGCCAGACCACGUGGGAGUGGGCUCGAGGCCAGCACUCUUAUGACCUGGGCCCCUGCCACAACCUGCGGGCGGCCCUGGGACCCCGCUGGAUCCUCGUCUGGCUCUGGCCCUUCCUGGCCUCCCCAUUACCUGGGGACGGGGUUACCUUCCAGACUACAGCUGAUGUGGGACUCAUGGCUUCCUGAAUCCAAAAAGAGCCAGAGCUGUACAGGAAGGGGGAACCAAGAGAGGGGGCUCCUAACUCAUUUCAGGCCUACUGCCAGCCUUAGGGGGUAGGCGGGUUGGUACUUAACACCUGCUUUUAACGACUCCAGCCCCAGCCUUGGCCUUGCCCCUGCCCAGCUUGGACUCCUAGUAUCCGGGGUAUGGGCCCUGCGACUCUGCCUCUAUCAGUGACCCCGAGUGCAGUGGAAGGUCUGGCAGGGGGCUGCCUGGCCAGCCUAGCUGCCCCUUUGUCAGGUUAAUAAAACGCCCACUGGGUUCUUGGACCCCCUGCAUCUUUGUGGGUUUGUGGUCGCAGAAACCCUUUGUGGGUUUCUGUUGCCCGGGCUGCUGUUUCAGGCUCCUGUCAGGCCUGGGAGCUACAGAGCAUGAGACGGGUCAGGGCUCUGCCUCCUGUGACCUUGGUGGGGUGGGGGUGGGGGCACCAGCAGGCCAGGGUGGCAUGUAGUGAUCCCGGGUAGGAGGAUCUGAAAUUCUUUCCCAGCUUCAGUGCUUUCUAUAAAUUUGGAAGCAUUUCCACAGUUUCACUGCACCUCUCUCUAGCUAACCUGGCACACAGGGCAGCAAUUGUGCAAGUUAAAAAUUGAAAGCUCUGAGAGGUGACGUGAUAAGGUCUUGCAUGGGAGACCUUGCAAGUGGAGGAGUCAGGAUUUGAACCCAGUGCUUUCUCCUUCACCCUUACACAGUUGAAGGAGGAGAGUGGGACAAUCAAGGCAGAAAAAUCAGGUGGGGGUGUUCAGGUAUCUGUGAAGGGUGGUGCUGACGGCUCUUCUCUGCUCUCGUUGGGGGAGACUUGUCAAAUAUUUUUAUGUAAAUACUAUAGUAACGAGUUAAAUGUUAAAUGUGGCAGGUUUAAACACAUGGGUUUAUCUCUGUGUCCUCUUAAAAUCUAAAAUGCUAGUAAAAAAGUAAAUAAGAUAUAAAUUUACAAGGAGAAAGAAAAUAGAGGGGAACAGGAGUAGACCAAAGAGCCUCGCGUUUUGAAAGCUGGAAAGUGGAUGGAGGCUCAUUUACUCUCUUAGCAGAGAAGUAGAAGUUGAAAUUAAGUGUUCCCAGAAGGAGGGGUCAAGAGGCAGCCAAACGGUCCGUCCCCCCAGAACCCUGGACAGGCUCAGGAAUUCCACCAGCACCACCCAGGGCAAGGUUGGGGGCUGACAGGGACUGAUCCAAUCUAUUGGAGGAGCAGCCAGGCUGCCCCUCCCCCCAACACCCACCCCACCCCUGCAGCCAAGCAGCUACCCCUCUGGGGUGGAGGUGCGGCUAUUUGAAGCAGCUUUGGGUCUCAGGGGCACUGGGGAGAGUAGGGGAGAGGGGCUGGACCAAAAGUGGGGUUCAGUACAAGUCUACAGAUGCUGCUGGAGAGGGGCCCUCCAGUGACAUGGAAGGCUUGUCCCCGAAGAACCCGCAGAGGAGCCCACCCUUCUGGCAGGCCCUGCCAUGCCUACAAACGUUUGAGCUGCUAGGACUUUUUUUGUUUUUCCAAAUGGCAUGCUCUAUUACUAUUAUUUAACCGUGUUAGGAACUUGGGGUGCCUGGUACUUUGUGCUGUACGCGUACGAAAGCAUUGGCAGACUGCCGGUUUCCUCCUCUGCUUUCCCCCUCACCCUCCAGAAUAUCUCUUGUUGUUGUUGUUGUUGUUGUUGUUUUUAAAUAGGAGAUGCAAGAACAUAUUUAUAAAAUAAAGAGAAACAACGCCCUCCCACCCCCACCUAAAAAAUGGGUACCAUUUUCUUUGAAGUCCCUGCUGCGCCCCUUCCUGGUAGGUAGAAGGGACACUGACUGCUUCCUUAACCGUUCUCGGGCUUUGCUUUGUAAUUUUAUUACCUGUUGGCAUUGGUUUUGCAUGUUUUUGAAUUUUAUAUAAACGGAAUCAUACCAUGUUUA